AUGGUGUUACAAAGAUGUUUUACCUUAUUUUCUAAAACAGAAAGAUUUCGCUGGACCGAUCCUAAUUCUCCCGUUGAUAUUGACUAUCAUAAUUUUAAUUCUACAGGAUUAUUAUCAGUAGAACAACCGAUGCCUAGAUCAGCACACAGCAAGAUAUUUCUAAAAGCAAAUGAAGAAAUGGGCUAUAUAAACCGAGAUGUAAAUGGUAGAGGACAAAUUGGCGUCAGCAGUUUUCAGAUAAAUACUUACAAAGGAAGGCGUCAAGAUGGAGGUACAGCGUUUAUUAAACCAUUUCGAUACAGACACAAUUUAAGGGUGUUAACGCAAAGCUAUGUCACUAAGAUUAUUAUUAAUAAUAAAACAGCAACAGGAGUAUUAUAUCUGCGCAAUGGAGUACUAUACAAAGCCAGAGCAAAAAGAGAGGUUAUAGUAAGUGCUGGUGCAAUCAACAGUCCUCAGAUUCUUAUGCUAUCAGGAAUUGGACCAAGACAACAUUUACAGGCACAUAAAAUACCAGUAGUUAAAGAUUUGGAAGUUGGCAGCAACUAUUUGGAUCACAUACAAGCUUAUGGCCUAACAUUUUCCAGCAAUCUAUCAGAACCUAUAAGUACAAUCAGAGAAGCUAUUGCAGAGUAUUUAAAAAACGGUACCGGUUAUCUAUCUUCUGCUGUACCAUCUUCAGUCCUAGGAUUUUAUCAAACCAAGCUAGAACCUAUUAAAGAUUAUCCAGAUGUAGAACUAGGUCUGUCAGAUACGAAUCUGACACUUGAUGCAAAGUUCAGUUUUAUGAAGUGGCGACCAGAGGUAUCUGCUGCUAUGAGUGGUGUUAACGCGGACAGCUCUUUUCAAAUUUCCGUCGCUCCCUUGCAUACCAAAUCGGUGGGUACUAUCCGACUGAAUAGUGAUAAUCCUCUAGAAUAUCCUGCUAUAAAUCCAAACAUUUUAUCCGAUCCCGAAGGGCAUGAUUUAGAGAGUAUAUAUUUGGGAAUACAAUUAGUAUUUAAUGUAACCCAACAGGAACCAUUUAAAAAAAUUAAUGCUACUUUGCAAUUGAAACCAGUUCCUCAAUGUAAAAACUAUACAUUUCUGAGUAGGGAAUACUGGCGAUGUGCAAGUAAAUACGUCGUUGCCAACAAUAAUCAUUCUGUAGGUACUUGUAAAAUGGGUCCCAAUCCAAAAGCGGGAGACGUAGUUGAUAAUAAUUUAAGGGUACAUGGAAUUAGACGUUUACGAGUUGCUGAUGCAAGUGUAAUACCUCUUUCUACCUCAGGACAUAUUAACGCCAUAUGUUUUAUGGUUGCUGAGAAGGGAGCUGAUCUCAUUAAAUCCACUUAUAAAAGACGGUAA